AGCAGGAAGCAAGAAGGCUCAAAACCAACUAUUGCUCCACCAGCUCUUAGGAGUUAAUAAGGGGCACACCAAAUUGCUAAAAGUUUUGCUUCAUCUACAGCCAACCUGCAAAGCCUGUCUCUUCUAUGGGGUCAAAGCCUGGAUGUAUGCAAGAGCCUCCCUCCGGUGCUGCUUUCGGGAUGAUCUGCCCAGGAGUGCCAGCCAGGACCCUCCGGGCGCGUCACUGCUGACCCACGGCACUGGGAUCCCCAGGGCAGCCUUCUCUGGAGCUGCCGGCUGCUGCCGCCGAUGCAGAGCCCACGGGUGUGCAGGGGAGAGUCGCAGCUCUGCUUCCCCAUGGCAGCCCCUUCCCCUCCUGCCCUGGCCGAGCUGCAUGGUGUGGGUGCCUCUGAGGAGCACGAGGACUGACCGGCGGGCUCCCCUGCGCGCACCCACCACCUGCUGCACCACCAUGUCUUUGGAGUGGCUGAUGGACUGGAGCUGGUCCUUGGAUGGACUCCGGGAUUUCAUCGCCACUGGUAUUCAGUCUUUCCGGGACUGCGACGCCACUGCCCUCGCCGCCGUUGCCUGCCUCCUAGUCCUUUUCGUGUGGUACUGCUACCACGUGGGGCGGGAGCAGCCCCGCGCCUACGCCCCAGUCAACGCGUUGAUGCAGAGCGCCGAGGCCAACGGCGUGCAGAACGGGUACGUCUACUGCCACUCGCCCGAGUGCGUGCGCUGUACGCACCACGAUGGGCUCAACCAGAAACUCUACCACAACCUGCAGGAGUACGCCAAGCGCUACUCUUGGUCCGGCAUGGGCAGGAUCCACAAGGGCAUCCGCGAGCAGGGCCGCUACCUCAACAGCCGGCCGUCCAUCCAGAAGCCAGAAGUCUUCUUCUUGCCAGACUUGCCGACCAUGCCCUAUUUCUCCAGGGACGCUCAAAAGCACGAUGUAGAGUUGCUGGAGCGCAACUUCCAGACCAUCCUGUGUGAGUUUGAGACCCUCUACAAAGCUUUCUCAAACUGCAGCCUCCCGCAAGGAUGGAAAAUGAACAGCACGCCCAGCGGGGAGUGGUUCACCUUCUACCUUGUGAACCAGGGCAUGUGCGUGCCCAGGAACUGCAGGAGAUGCCCACGGACGUACCGCUUGCUCGGGAGUCUUCGCACCUGCAUUGGCAACAAUGUCUUUGGGAACGCGUGCAUCUCGGUGCUGAGCCCGGGCACUGUCAUCGCCGAGCACUAUGGACCCACCAAUAUCCGCAUCCGCUGCCACCUAGGUCUGAAGACACCCAGCAACUGUGAGCUGGUGGUGGGGGGCGAGCCUCAGUGCUGGGCUGAAGGACGCUGUCUGCUCUUCGACGAUUCCUUCCUACACACGGCGUUUCAUGAAGGUUCCCCGGAGGAGGGUCCCCGCGUGGUCUUCAUGGUGGACCUGUGGCACCCCAACGUCGCUGCUGCAGAGCGCCAAGCCCUCGACUUUAUCUUCGCCCCAGGACGAUGAUGGCGCUGCCCUGUGUCAGGAGUUCAAGGGCAGCCGGCGGGCGGGUGGCGGGUCCAGUGCCGCAUGUGGACACCUGCCGCAUGGGAAGCUUCCUCCCAGCACACGGCCUUGAGGUCCUCCCUCCUGGGGGCUCUUGUAAAUGGAAACUGCAACGUGUAUCAACGCCCAUCUCCUUCCUUCCAACGUUAGGGUUAUUUUCCGACACAACAGCGCAUCGCCUUCCCUCUGUGGUUUAGCUGCCGCGCCACCCUCAUCCGUGUUAUGUUGCUACUGUGUUUUGCGGUGUUCAGAAGUAGAGUAACCAAACCAAGGGUGUUCAUUUGAAUGUAAUAAUGUAAACCUUCUCGUGGUCAUCAAAACACCACCACCACACACCAAAAACCAGCCACACAGCCCAGCACUGCGCUCAACAUGUCUCUGGCUACAGUCCCCAGGUGGACAGACAGACGGAUGGACACUGGGGGCUGCAAGCGGGUGAAAUGCAUCCACGAGGCAGGGGCUGCUCAGGCUGGGCAGCGCUCUGCCUGCAGAGAGCUCUUGCACCACGAGCCCAGGGGCUCCGGCUUCCUCCCUCAUAUGCCAGCUGGGAUCCCAAAACCCUCCUGCCUUGAGAAACCUUUUUGCCACACGGGCAGGGAGAAGAGCGCGAUGCCAGCUCCAGGGCUGCCCCCAGCCCCAGCAAGCCCCACCAUAUGCCCCAUCGAGAGUGCAGCACACAUCCAGCCCUGCUCUUUAAUCUGACCAAGGUUAUCACAAUUAUCAAUUGCCUUGUGUUAUCAAUUGCCUAAAUCCUCUCCUUGCUUUAUCUGCAACCUUUGGUUUUCACAGCCCAAGCCGGGAAGCCCCUGCAGGGGCAGGGACUCUGUUUGUGAGUGCGCAGUAGGGCUUUUGCUUGUCUGUAGACAAAGGCCAGGGAAGAAAGGAGCUCAGGCUUCCUUCUGCUGCUCCAUCUCCUUUCCUGGAGCCAGGGUGAGUGUAGAGAGAGGCAGCGCGCACGUACCUGACAGCAAAGGGAAGGCUUCCAAUGGCAGGAGUGUUUGGUUCUGCCACCCAAGGAACGGGCUCUCCCCUCCCCACGAGUCCUGCCUGCCCAGCAGCCCCCAUGGUUUUCCUGCAGCUGCCCAGCAUCCAAGGUUUGUUUGGUGAUUUUGGGGGUACAGAGCUACUGUAUGUGCUGCCCGUGAAGCACAGCAUGUUGGGGGUGCUCACUGCUGUCCUUGUGCCUCUGGUUGGGAAGCGCCUGUGCCGGGCUCUGUGGUCUUGGCACGGCUCUGUGGACCUUCGUGCCCUGCCAGGGAGGGAACGCAGCCCCCGUUCCCUUAUGAGUUCUUUACAGGUUUUUCAGCGAUUGGAUUGCAAGAUAAGGCAACUAUUUCAAAUACAUCCAAGAUAUUUUUUACACCUGUCUUGUUACAGAAUAUCUGAAGUGCAUGAUUUCUACACACAUUGACUACCUGGACCGAGACCCUGAGGAAGCAGGCUGGCUUGGUAACUGUCUUACAGUUCGGUAACAUUCAUACAGUGGAUAAGCAAAGAUUAUCAAUAAACAGUUGUGCUGAAAACAGAACAGGCUCUGCCGCUGGUGUGACUAACCCAGGGCUAAGCAGAACACUGGAGUUGGGUCCUGCUUACCCCACUAGCCCCCUGGUGGGGAGAAACACACAGGUUCUGCAGCAGGGCCACCAGCUGCUGGGGAGUCUUCAAAGAAACCAUUUUGGAAGAUGCUUCCAGCUGCCUGCACUAAUACAUCACAGGCAGCUUCAUCAGGAGCAGCUCUAGGGCCGAGGGUGCUGGGCUGCCACUCAAUUCCUGCCCAGUUCCCCAAAAGCCAGUGCCCAACAUCACCCUGAGCACAGAAAUUACUCAGCAUGAGGCCCGAGGCCCUCACUAGAAUCACUCUCACAUGCUCACACAUGACACAGCAUGGGCAGCAGCUGCUCCUCAUCUUCUUAUACUUGAAAUGACCAGUUUUUAAACAUAGUCUGUACAACACAGCCAUUAAGUCAAGGGUCUGGAGCUCUUUGCUGUGCUACCCCAAAGACAAGUUUCCUCUUAAUGAUCAAAGGACAAAAAUAGGUCUUGGUGGCCAGCUGCAGGCCAAGAAGCAACAGGGAAUGAAGUCGCCCCAGCUGUUCCACUGCAGACAGAUGGCACAGCAGAUUGUAGCGGAAGAAUCCCAAUGACAGCAGGCAAAAGCAUCUAUUUUGUGCUUUGCUGCUGUGCCAAAACGCCCUCCUGUCCCUCUCAGGCUUUUUCUUCUACUUCUUCAUGUUUCCUGAUAGAGCAAGACCACUUCCCUAAACACCCAGCAGGAUCUCCCCUGGGGGAGCGAGUAGUCUGGAGCUGCCUCGCAGCCCUGCCUACUCUCUCGCUGCAUUUCUGGCAGUCCGAGGCUUCCUUGCCUGCAGAAGGAACCUGGAACAGGGCUGCUGAGCGUGCGGAGAGGAGACAGGCAGAGCAGCAUCUAACAGAGCGAGCUCAGCACAUCAGAGGAACCCAGAGCAUCACAAGAGGGCUGGAACACACAACCAUCCUUCCUCCUGCUUUCUCCCACCACUUCAUCCCUCACCUACACAGUGCCUGUCUGUGCUGCACUCAGAACCAAAGCACCUUGCCCCAUAGCUCAGGGAAAGGGUGCCAUAAUCUUCCCUUUCCACAUAUGUAUGAAUCACAGAAUCACAGAAUCACAAGGUUGGAAAGGACCCACUGGAUCAUCGAGUCCAACCAUUCCUAACACUCCCUAAACCAUGUCCCUAAGCACUUCAUCCACCUGUUCCUUAAAAACCUCCAGGGAAGGCGACUAACAACUGUUUCCCGACGAGGAUGGGAUGACUGAGGCAGGAGCUCUCCUGGAUGGCUAUAGCUCAGGCUUUCCAGUGAGGUUUCACAUCUGCCCAGCCAUCAGCUGACAGAGAGCACUUCAGUGCAGAGCAGUUUCACAACAGGCCCCAGGAGCAGCACCAUGCAGCUCUCCUGCUGCUGAAACACCUCCUCAGCUGCCAGAGCUGGAAGCCAGACGGUAAUCCAUGCACAGCCACCACCCGAGCAGGCAGGUGCCUCUUCCUCUGGACUCCACCAAAUUUCCCAGGCAAGGGCUGCAGAGGAGCCCUGCAAUGGCAGAGUCACCUUGGACCUUGUCUGCUGUCAGAGUGGAACAAGAAGCUGUGACAAUGGUGACUUUCCUGUGUCCAGCUCCUGGGGGUGCCAUGCUAACACAAGCCUGCUCACCAUUCACAGCAAAGCCAGUAAUGCAUCGAUCUUGGCCAUCUCCUAAG